AUGGCACACGCAAAGUUUGUGGUUCCAACCAACUUAACGCUGCGACAAUCACUCAAUUUGUUGUUUUCGAUCGUCGAAAGCCAGUUCAAAAACUGUCAAGAAAAGAUAAAGACGGCCGGAAAUGACACGAGUCUGCUGAGAGCACUCCCCAAAGCACUUUCUGAAGUUCUAUGGUAUCUAGAAGAAGGUUUAGCCCAGGUGGAAAACUACUAUAAGCUCAGAGACGUAUUUUCCUUGAAGAAUCCUGAAGUUCUUGAGGUUGUCAAUGAAUUACGGAUCCUGGACCACGACAUAAAGAGGAGUCGUGAUGCAGUCGAGAAACAGAUCACAUCUGAAGGUUCUGGGAAACCGAUGUCCACCUCGGGGUCCAACAGCCACUUUUCGCUCUCAAGCUUGCUAAAAAAGACCAAGAUUUCGGCUCGCAAAGAAGACAUCAGAAGGACUAAGGAAAAGAGAGAAGCGCAAGAGGUCGAAGAACUUAAAAAGCUUAAGAUACAGGAGGAAGAGCGCUUGCUUAUGGAGAAGAACGCUCAAGAUAGGAUGUUGGAGAAAGAACAAGCACGAAUGCUGGAACAGGCUGUAAAGAGGCAAGUCGAACGAGAAAUUGCUAGCCGAGCUACUAGAGAGCCUAAAGAGCCAAUACAAAAAGAGAAGAAAGCUCACAUGGGCACUUUCGAGAAACCAAAGGGUAAUUUUGAACGUUCGUCUUUAGAGGUAAGAAGAUCUCCACGUAGGUCAGCAGACCAAAUGCGCAGGAGAAGCUUGGACGGAGGUGCUAGAUCUAAAAGUUCCAGUGGAACCGCACACAGUCGACAGGGCUCAGAAACCAAUCUUGCCCACGCAGGAAGUGUCAGCAAAGCAGCCAAUUUGGCCUGGUCUCAAAUGAAUCCCCCCACGGAGAAACCUGAGUAUAGAACGAGGAAACCUGUUUUGUUAGCAGAUUCGGGACUGCCUUACGCUUCGAAGCCCAAAUACGAGUAUGUCCAGCCUACGAUUAAGCGACCCAGCAUCAAAAUACCAGGAAAAACCACAAUACUGAAAAAGCACACCCCUGAGGAAAAGCUAGAUAAAUCCAAGCCACAGGAUAGAGGCAACCGUGUCCGUUCUCCGAAAUCUCCAAUGUCGCCACCAUCUAGGUCAUUUUCACCAGGCCUCAGAUCACCAAGAUCGGUGACUCCGGAAGUUGAGUUGUCUCCUCAGGAGAAGAAAAUAAAGCAUGUUAUGCAAACUUUGGAAGGCGUGGAUGAAGACGCUUGCCAGCAUAUUCUCAAUGACAUUCUAGUCCUUGGUGAAAAGGUUUAUUGGGAUGACAUUGUUGGUUUAAACAAUGCUAAAAACUCACUUAAAGAGACAGUGGUCUAUCCAUUUCUAAGGCCAGAUCUCUUCAAGGGUCUUCGAGAGCCGGUCUCCGGAAUGCUUCUGUUCGGUCCUCCGGGUACAGGCAAGAGCAUGAUAGCUAAAGCUGUGGCUACAGAGUCGCAAUCUACGUUUUUCAGCAUAAGUGCUUCAUCUUUACUGUCCAAAUAUCUAGGAGAAUCCGAGAAAUUGGUUAGAGCACUUUUCUACUUGGCCAAAAGACUUUCACCCUCGAUAAUUUUUGUUGAUGAGAUUGAUUCACUGCUGACGUCCCGCUCAGAUAAUGAGAACGAAUCGUCGAGAAGAAUUAAAACCGAGGUGCUCAUCCAAUGGUCUUCACUUUCAAGUGCCACAGCGAGAGAAAGGGAAGAGGGUCAUCUAGAAAGUGGCCGCGUGCUGGUUUUGGCUGCCACUAAUUUACCUUGGGCCAUCGACGAGGCUGCCCGUCGUCGUUUCACAAGGCGACUACACAUCCCUCUCCCCGAGUACGAAACAAGGAUUGCACAUCUUAAGAAGCUACUGUUGCAUCAUAAGAACCUCUUGACGGAGCGAGACUUCGAAAUCAUAGGUACGCUCACCGAUGGAUAUUCGGGUUCCGAUAUAACGGCAUUGGCAAAAGACGCUGCUAUGGAGCCCAUACGAGAACUGGGCGAUAAGCUGAUAGACGUAGAUUUCGGCAAAAUAAGGGGGAUCAAUCUACAAGACUUCCAAAAUGCUCUGCUGACGGUCAAGAAGAGUGUCUCUCCAGAAUCCUUGUCAAAAUUUGAAGAAUGGGCGGCCAAUUUCGGAAGCCAAGGCUCCUAG